GUGACUGAGCGCAUAUGCAGCCAGCGGCUCUCCGUCAUCCAGCCGCUAUUCUCAGCGAUACACAGACGCUCAGGAUCAGCCGGGAUUCCUCUGUUAUGCAGCAUCGGCCGUGUGGUCGGGAUGGAGCUGGCCCGAAUAAUUCUCUAAAAUAAGGGAAACUGCUCACGGAGAUCAAGAUGGUGUCGUGGAUCAUCUCGCGGAUGGUGGUCCUAGCCUUUGGGACCCUCUACCCAGCCUAUUCCUCCUAUAAAGCUGUGAAGACGAAAAACGUCAAGGAGUAUGUGAAAUGGAUGAUGUACUGGAUAGUGUUUGCGCUUUUUACAACAGCAGAGACCAUCACAGAUAUGCUCCUCUCCUGGUUCCCAUUUUAUUUUGAGCUGAAAAUUGCCUUUGUUAUUUGGCUGUUGUCCCCGUACACAAAGGGCUCCAGCGUGCUGUACCGCAAGUUUGUGCACCCCACGCUCUCCAAUAAAGAGAAGGAAAUUGAUGAGUACAUAACCCAGGCUAAAGACCGCAGUUAUGACACCAUGAUGCGGUUUGGGAAGAGAGGCCUUAACAUCGCAGCCACUGCAGCAGUCACAGCUGCCACUAAGGGUCAGGGUGUGUUAUCAGAAAAACUGCGCAGUUUCAGCAUGCAGGAUCUGACUCUCAUUCAGAAUGAAGACGAGCUGCUGCUGGACGCCGCAGAUGACACGCACAUCGCAGCCACGUUGCCGCGUGUUAAACCGGCCGCACGCACAGUUCGUGCGACGCCCAUACCGGCAGACAGCGAAUCGCAACACAGCUCUCGCUCUGAUGACCUACCAGAUAACAGAACUGAGCAUUCAGAUGAGGAUGCAGUCGAUAAAGCCCCUAAACGCACUCCAAGCAUCAGAGCUGCCAAGAAACCAGCAGCUGCCAAGACAGAGCAGACCACCAAGACAGUGAAGAAACAGCCAAAGAAGAAAGUGACCACCACGGCCAACAACAACGCUGAAGCGCAAUAGUGUUCAUUCUUACCUGAGCGACACAUACGCAUGCUUUUCCAUGCUAACAUCCCAAACUCUGCUUUUUACUUUCGAGGCCACUUACUAACACAUAAGAUACAUCGCCUGGAGCGGUUUUCUAUUUUGGUUAAAUACAGUGUGUUCAUUUAGACCGCAGCAUUCCCAGUUCCCUUGUUCCAAAAGCCCAUUUUGAAAGCUUCGCCUAUCUACUGUCAGCGUCCACACUUCUGUGCGUCUAAGAGGAAUGCUGGGUCAUAUCUUGUUCUGUUCUCAGUAGGCCUUAAUAUUAGGCCAUCUCUGUAAAGCCUGAGACCAAAAGCAGUGCCUGCACAUAAUCAUAUACAUAAACACGCUCCCUUCCAUUCCAGGCCAAAACUCCACGGUUUCCAUUAUAAAGGCCGGUUUCCGUUUUUAGCAUGUGGGACACACACUAUGAGACGAACAAGAAAUGGGACGAAAAAAAUGAAGCUGUUAAAGGGUUCGAAAUGGGGAGGGAAAAAGGAGAUACAAAAGCUUGACUUGAACAGAAGAUCAGCCUCUGAUCACCCAGAGCUGCAAACACAGUUCUGUCUUUAGUCGGGGUCGUAAUACAUCAGUAACCCGUGACUUGAUUUGAAUAUUUAUGCCCGGGGAGGUCAGAUCUCAACUGGAGGCUACAGACCCUCGAAAGGCUCUUGAUAUUAAUAGCGCUUUUGUCAGCGAGAGCUGGUGGUGUUCAGCUUGCAUAAUGGCUCCCGUUUGAUGGCUGCGUUGCUUGUGAAUAUUAUGGUAGAGGUGUAUGAUGUUACCUCCACUUGUUUUAGACAUUACAAAAAUCUAGAAGUAUAUAUUAAGACAUUGCAUUAGGUGAAACGGUCUGCAUUAGAUCACAGAGGCAGUCAGAAGUUGUACGUCAGAUAUCUGGGGUUUUGGUAACAGGAGUUGCAUGUUGGUUAGUGAAGAACAAGAUCUUUUUGUUUGGUGUUCACUGCCUCUUGAAGACAAAUUCACAUGGUCUGUGUUUUCAGUGUCUCUGAAAAGCUCACACUGUUGUAAUUUCACAGACUUAUUUGAUGGGCUUUUUCUCUUUGUUUUUUUCUUGAUAUUUUCUAUCAGUCUGUGUUGUUGUGCUGUGAGCUGACUCACUGGGUUAAACACCAACUCUCGGUUAAUGUCGUGGGAAUCUGGAGGUUUGAUGUUGAAGGUGGUGACAUUUUUUCCAAGUCAUUAUUUAAAACCAUCUUAACGGUGCUUUUAGAGUAGAUGCUUGCCCAAAACAGACCCCUGAACUUUUGUGGUUCUUUUUUUUUUU